CUCAGCCAAUGAUUUGACAGUAAAUAAUAUGAGGAAGAAGGUACAGCAACAGUUUCCGGAAGCGGGAUGGCGAACACAGUCAAAAACGAAAUCUCCUAUGAGGAUCUGAAAGCACUUCUUGGAAAGAGCCAGAAUCUCCUCCUGGUUGAUGUCCGCUCACAAGGAGAAGUGGAUAAAGGAUUUAUCAAAGGAUCUGUUCACAUUCCGGUUAGUACAGUAGAAGCUGCCUUUUCAAUGGAGCCAGAAGAAUUCAAGGCAAAGUAUGGAGUAACCAAGCCACCGCUGGACACCCCAGAGCUGGUGUUUCACUGCCAAAUUGGCAAGCGAGGGGGGGUGGCCACAGGCAAGGCCCGAGAAAUAGGAUACGUGAAUGCUCGUAAUUAUGCUGGAGGAUACUCGGAGUGGUCGGAGAAAGAGGGGAAGUGAUUCAUGUUGAAGGAAAGCCUCAUAUAUAUUUAUCCAAAAUUACUAUUGUGUGAGAGCUUGACGGAAAAAAUAGAGGAAUAUUUUGGCAUCUCAUUUGUUAUGUUUUGAUACUAUUUUGUUUGCAUAGUGCACCAUUGUAUCCAAAAUGUAUGACUGCAUUCAAAUAAAAUUGAUUAUGCUAUUUA